GUGUCGAUGUGUACCGAGUUUCCCCUCGUGGUUUUCAUACCUCUCUCUUUCCCUCCCGCCAUGUGAGGCACCGGAAUCUGCACUGCUUAUCGUUUUUUUUCUGCAGACUCUGGAUGUAAUGAUGAGCAAACAAAUCCCAGAACAUCAGGCCUCUCUGUUGCUGGGCCGUGCACCGCCUCAUUUGCAAAGCCGCAGCACAAAAGCGAGGCCAGCGGUGGAAGCUGCGUUUCCCUCCCCACUUCAUUGAGCAACAAUGUGAUUCUUGCAGACCUGAAUUGGGACUGAAUGUGGUUGUAACUAUGGUAACGACAGGGUGGAGGGCAUGGACCCUCUCCCCUUGUGGACUCAUGCUGGUCAUUGGUUGGUCUGUGAGUCUGUCCCAGUGCCAGAAUGUCAGUCUUGCAGAUUGCAGCAGGAAGGAGCAUCCUGUUGUCUCCUAUCAAGGUUUGAGGAUGAGGAUGUUUGAGUUCUCCUAUCCAGGAGUGAAGGAUUUCUCCCAGCUGGCCAUGGACAUGAGCAGAAACCAGCUCAUUGUAGGGGCACGAAACUUCCUCUUCCGGCUGAGUUUAAGCAACACCUCCCUCAUACAGGCAACCGAAUGGUCUCCUGAUGAAGACACAAAGCGCUCGUGUCAAAGCAAGGGGAAAUCUGAGGACGAAUGCCAAAACUACAUCCGGGUUUUGCUUACCAAUGGGAGAACGCUCUUCACAUGUGGAACAAAUGCUUUCACACCCGUCUGUGUAUCUAGGCAGAUUUCCAACAUCAGUCAAGUUUUGGACACGGUGAACGGUGUUGCCCGCUGUCCCUAUGACCCCCGCCACAACUCCACUGCCAUGGUGACGCACAGGGGGGAACUGUACGCCGCCACGGUGAUCGAUUUCUCCGGACGCGACCCGGUCAUCUACAGAAGCCUAGGGAACAUGCCGCCCCUUCGGACCGCCCAGUACAACUCCAAAUGGCUCAAUGAGCCUCAUUUCGUGUCUGCCUACGAAAUUGGCCGGUUUGCCUACUUCUUCCUGAGAGAGACUGCCGUGGAAAACGACUGUGGGAAGAUGGUGUUCUCUCGGGUGGCGCGGGUCUGUAAGAACGACGUUGGGGGACGCUUCUUGCUGGAAGACACCUGGACCACCUUCAUGAAGGCUCGCCUGAAUUGCUCACGCUCAGGUGAAAUCCCCUUUUACUUCAACGAGCUGCAGAGCACCUUCCACUUGCCGGAGCAAGACAUCAUUUAUGGCAUCUUUACCACAAAUGUGAACAGCAUAUCAGCUUCGGCUGUUUGUGCCUUCAAUCUGAGCUCCAUCACUUUGGCUUUCAAUGGACCCUUUCGCUUCCAGGAGAACCCCCGCACUGCCUGGCUCUCUACUCCUAAUCCUAUUCCCAAUUUCCAGUGCGGCACACUGGAGGAAGACGGCCCCGGCGGGAACCUAACGGAGCGUAGUCUUCAGGACGCACAGCGGCUCUUCCUCAUGAGCGACGUCGUCCAGCCAAUCACCACCGACCCCUUUCUCACCCAGGACAAUGUCCGCUUCUCCAAGCUGGUGGUGGACAUCGUGCAAGGCCAGAGCACUCUCUACCACGUCAUGUACAUUGGCACAGAGUAUGGCAGCAUCCUGAAGGCUCUGGCCACAACCAACAAAAGCCUUCAUGGCUGCUACCUUGAAGAGCUCCGGAUCCUCCCAGAGGGGCAGAGGGGAACAAUAAAGAGUCUGAAAAUCAUGCAGAAGGACAGGUCGCUGUUCGUGGGACUCGAUGACAGACUGGUGAAGAUCCCGUUGGAACGCUGCUCAAGUUAUCCAACCGAACGGAGCUGCUUGGAGGCUCGGGACCCUUACUGCGGAUGGGAUCUGGAGCAGAAACUCUGCACCACCAUUGAGGGAAGCUCCAACAUGAACCAUUGGAUCCAAAACAUCACCGAAUGCCCAAUGAGGAACCUGACGCAAGACGGUGGGUUCGGUCCCUGGGCAGUGUGGCAGCCUUGUAACCAUGACGAUGGCGAGGGCACUUUCAGCAGCUGCAAGUGUCGGUCUCGCUCGUGUGAUGGCCCGGUGGCCAGAUGUGGAGGGGUCGAAUGCAAAGGUCCAACCAUCCAAGUGGCGAACUGCUCCAGAAACGGUGGGUGGACUCCCUGGUCUUCCUGGGGUCAGUGUAGCAGCAGCUGUGGCAUCGGAUUUGAGGUGAGGCAGCGGUCCUGCAACAACCCCUCGCCUCGCCACGGGGGUCGAAUAUGCGUCGGUCAGGGUCGGGAAGAGAGGCUGUGCAAUGAGAAAAAGCUGUGUCCCCUGCCUGUGUUGUGGACAGCCUGGGGUCCCUGGGCUCACUGCAGCGCUGAAUGUGGCGGAGGGGUCCAGUCCAGGACUAGAACCUGUGAGAAUGGGAACACCUGCCCUGGAUGUGCAAUGGAGUACAAAGUCUGCAACCUGGAGAGCUGCCCUGAGGUGCGCCGCAACACCCCUUGGACACCCUGGAUGCCGGUCAACGUCAGCCACGACGGGUCCCGCCAGGAGCAGAGAUUCAGGUACACCUGCCGGGCGCCACUUCAUGACCUCCAGCAGCUCCAGCUGGGCAAGAAGAAGCUGGAGACCCGCUUCUGUCCACAUGACGGCUCUGGAGCUUGUCAGACUGACUCUCUGGUUGAAGAGUUGGUGCGGACUAGUGGCAGAACUACGUCCCAGCCCCAAGGUGCCCGAUGGGGACCAUGGGAAACGUGGUCCAGCUGCUCCCAGCAGUGUUCCAGAGGUUUCCGGACCAGGAAACGCAGCUGCUCCACAUCAGAAGGAAGGACCAACCUGGCGGCUUGUGCUGGAUCUCCAGUGGAGUAUCAGGACUGUAACGCUCACCCCUGCCCAGUGAGUGGAGCCUGGUCAUGCUGGUCUGCCUGGACCCAGUGUUCAUCCAGCUGUGGAGGCGGCCACUACCAGCGAACUCGGACAUGCAGCAGCCCGGCCCCUGCAAACGGAGGGGACAUCUGCAUCGGCCUGCACACAGAGGAGGCCCUCUGUAACAUACACCCCUGUGAAGGCUGGGGUGAAUGGACAGAUUGGGGCGAGUGUGACGACGACGGUGUGCAGCAUCGCAGCCGGCGCUGUGGAGAGGAGCAGGAGGCUGAGGCCGGCCUCUGCCAAGGAAACCUGACUCAGUCCAGGCCAUGUCAGCCACAUGAGGUCCCAGUGAUUUUACCUGGGCAGGAGAACCAGAGCUGUGGAACUUUCACCUUGUUCCAGUUGGUGGCGGUGGGCCUAGCCAGCUUCUUUGCUGCAGCUCUCCUCUCGGGGUUGGCGUACUCGUACUGCCACCACCUGAACCGGCCGUCGGCAGAGUCCGCCGUCAUCCACCCCAGCACACCCAACCACCUGACGUACAACAAGCAGGGCAAUGUCGCGCCAAAGAACGAGAAGUACAUCCCCAUGGAGUUCAAGACGCUAAACAAGAACAACCUCCAUGUGAACGACGAGACAUGCAACCACUUCUCCUCCCCGAUGGCGUCCAGCAACAUGUUCACCGCCACCUACUACCCUCCCUGUGUGAGCAAGUACGAUUUCCACCCCGACUCACCCUGCAGGUCCUACAUGCACAGCUGAGAGGAGCCGUUUCCAUGCCAAUGCAACCAGAAAAUCUUCCUGAAAGCUAAAAACAUUUUCCUGGCCAUUGGAAUUUUUUUUUAUUCAAGGUGCAGUUUCACCCCAAUCACCAGAAAUGUCCUAAUUAAGGACAAACAUCCAAAAAGUUUUCAGUUAAAAUCUACUGUUAUAAAUUAUAAAGAACAUUGUUGAAAAUAAAUGUUGUUUAUUUCAGAAAUUCAAUUCAAAAAGUGGAUAUCUUGAGGUUCCACUGGGACAGUAACACUUAUUUCUUUUAAAUUUGAUAAUAUGAACACCUUAAAGUUUCAGAAAACUUGAUUGUUAUGCAAAACCAAUAAAAACAGUUAUUUCAAAAGGAUAUGAAACAAUUCCUAUGAAACAUCGGAAAUCUGGCUGCCUAUUCACUACAUAUUUCACCACAUAUUAUUGGAAAGUUGAGUGGAAGGAAAAGGUUCAACUAAAAAAAAGGCAUAAUAAAUGGCAGUCAUGGGAACAUUGUGAGUCCUAUUAAAGCAGUCUGGGCUUCCUGGACACCUCAGCAGCCUAAACUGCACUGAUGUAGUAAUUCAUGCAAAAGGAGCCCUGACCAAAUAGUAUGUGGGAAUACUUCUCAGUUGGGUGACAUUUCUGUAUUUAAAAAAAAA